ACGUAUCAUCAGAGUCCUACUAAAAGAAAAUCCAACAGGGAAAACCUGCGGCUUCUAUGCGCGACCUGACGCCCAAGUCCAGUAAGUUUUGAAGUUUACUUGAUCUCUUUAUAACAGCCUAUUACAUCAGAAGACAGAAGGCUGCGAUGUCUGCCGACCAGAAAGAGGCCAUGAACAUAUACAGUGUAACGCUCAAUGGACCUGCUCCCUGGGGUUUUCGGCUUCAGGGAGGCAAGGACUUCAACAUGCCCCUGACCGUAUCCAGGCUGACCCCAGGCGGUAAGGCAGCCCAGGCCGGAGUGGGUGUCGGGGAUUGGUUGGUGUCCAUCUCUGAUGCCAAUGCAGAGGAGAUGACCCAUGUGGAGGCACAGAACAAGAUCAGAGCCGCAACCGACUCCCUCGCUCUAACUUUGAGCAGAGCUUUUAAUUCUGCCGGAGGAGAGCAGAAGGAUUCACUCGCACCUGCAUCCAGCCAGCCCAAGUACUCAUUCGCACCGAGCACGACCAUAAACAAGAUGGCACGGCCGUUCUCCGCGGCCCCUGGCAGUGCCAGCAAGGGGCCUGUCAUCAAGCCGGUGUCGUACGCCCCAAAGCUUAACUUCAACUCGCCGCAGCCUCACAAUGGUCACGGAGUAACUCCCUGUCCUGCCAAGUCCAAGCCAGCAGACAAACCUGAUGAAGAUCAAGCACCAGCUAAAGCACCAAUGAAUUCCGGUCCAGCCUGUCGGCCUCCAUGGGUGACGGAUCCUGGUUUCGCAGACCGUUACCAUCCGGACAAGACCAGCACGGUGGUGACGCAGCACAAGCAGCCGGUCCAACCCACUCCCAUGCAGAACCGCAGCUCUAUCAUGCAGGCAGCGCAGCAGAACCCUGCCGACUCCAGUGGGCGCACCCCGCUCUGCGCCGCGUGCAACAAGAUCAUUAGGGGACGCUACGUGGUGGCGCUUGGUCGUUCCUGGCACCCAGAGGAGUUCACGUGCUGUCAGUGUAAAAGGGUGUUGGACGAGGGGGGCUUCUUUGAGGAAAAAGGAUCCAUUUACUGCACCAAGUGCUACGACAACCGUUACUCACCCAACUGUGCCAAAUGCAAGAAGAAGAUAACUGGGGAAAUCAUGCAUGCCCUGAAGAUGACCUACCACGUACAGUGCUUCCUGUGUGCCGCCUGCAAAAUGCCCAUCAGGAACCAGGCCUUCUACAUGGAGGAGGGAGAGCCCUACUGCGAGCGAGACUAUGAAAAGAUGUUUGGUACCAAAUGCCACGGCUGUGACUUCAAGAUUGAUGCGGGAGACCGUUUCCUCGAGGCGCUGGGCUACAGCUGGCAUGACACUUGCUUUGUCUGUGCCAUCUGUCAGAUUAAUCUGGAGGGGAAAACAUUCUAUUCCAAGAAGGACAAGCCACUAUGUAAAAGUCACGCUUUCACUCCGGUGUGAGGUUCCGCUGUUCGUCAGUGAGGGGCCGGAACGGAGACUGGGGGGUCUAUAGCUAUGCCAAACAAGACCAAGUACUUUACUUGAAGCCUGUAACAUAUGGCUGACUGACAGAGUGAUGGAUAUAGUAGCUCCGCUGGCUUUCACUGGCUGUUAUAGCAGCUUCGAUCAGCAUUUACUAAGUAUGUGUCAUUCAGCAAAAGCACAGACCUGAAUUUUCGAUAGCUUGCUACAGUAAGCCGACAGACUGCCCUCAGUUUUGCUGCGUUACGAUGCCAGUCAUUCAACUGGAAACAGCUUGUGAACUGUUAUAAACACCAACGCCAGAUGUUGUAAUGGAUAACAAGGUAUUCGGAUGAAGUAUUUAAGCUGUCCCUCCUCAUCCCGCGUCACCUCCGAAAAUACACCUGCAGUAUUCAUGAUGCUUUAGAAAUGUAAGAACUGCUCAGUUUAUGUUUGCUUUUUAGAUAUAAUUGGUUCGUUUCAGUAUGAGUGAAUCUCACAAAACAUGUCAUGUUCGUAUUGCAUUUAGAAAAUUAAGCCAUUUGUGAGAAUAUGAAUUUUCUGUGACUUUACUUCCAUGACCACUAAGCACAUUUUCCCUCCAUAUGUCGUUCUAAUUACUGUAAAGCAAAAAUAAAUAAAAAAAUGUGUAAUGUAUUAAUACAUCAUAAUAGUAUUUGUUAAAAUAUUAUAUAUAUAAUAUUAUAAAAUCAUAUACAUAUCAAUAUAUAAAAAAAACCUGAAAAAUAUUUUUCUUGAUUUAAUUUUUGUUUCAAAAUGUGACUUUUUUUGUGAGAUUCGCUUAUCUCAUCUGCACUCGGAUGUAUAUUAUCAUCCAAAAUCUAUCCUCUCUUGUCACAAAUAAGGACAAAGCAUUUCCCAUGUAAUGAGUGAAGCAAUCUGGUUGUACUUGGAUCCAUACAAUCCAUUUUGUAGGUUAAAGCAUCGAGCAUGUGAUCUCCUCAGACAGGAUCUUAAAGUGGCCCCUCAAUCCUCUAGAUGCUGUGCAGCCUACUUUUUUGCUCUGCCUGAUUUGCUGUGCCAGGGUACUUAAGGUAAUGGCAAACCACAGAGGAAUAAAACGCCCCUGGCAGCUACACUGAAAUACAUUAGCACUGAUUGCAUGCGUUUCAUCCUGACCCAAGCAAUGGUCUCUACAUGGCUUCAAUACUAAAUACGCCACAUUCAUCUGUUCUAAUCAGACAGGUAGUUCUAAUUAAGGAAAGGCCUGUGAUGCCAUAAAAACGCUCUGCGUUGGUGCAAAUGGAUUCUGCAAUAUUAUAUGGCCAAAGUCACUUAGAGCCUUUGUUCAUAUUUGCUUGCUGUUAUUUAAAGCUCUGUGGCCGUUUUGGUGGUUUCUGCAAAGGCAUCUGUACCAAAGGUGAGGGCAGGGAAGGCAUUUUCUUAAUUGUGGAUAUCACCGACGUAUGCAUAGUCUUAUGGAGUUUACAAACAUAAUGGAGACUACAUAGCAGAUGCUGCCCGGAACAUCAUUCCUUAUCGCAAUCUCCUGCACUCUAAUCGGAAGAAAUGCAACACUCCAAUAUCCUGCUCUUAGAAAGCUAUAUAUAUUUGAGCCAACUGCUCAAUUUUUGUACUUUUUUGUAUUGACAAUGUGUUAUGUAUCAACUAUCAAGUGCCUUUUUUUUAUAGCUUUGCAGCCUUUAACUAUUGUGUGUCAUUUGGAACGAUAAACUGCUGUAUUCUUGUGCAUAUUUUCCAGAGGAUUUCUAUGUCAGAUGAUGCAAAUCAUUUAUAAUGAAACUGUGCUAGACAUUUAGUCAAUAAAUCACCUGCAGUCA